UUUACUUAACAUUAACGACGCGAUCGCGGCACGAGCCGCCAUUUUUGUUGUUUAUAAAAUUGACCAAUGACAGGUCAGGACUCAUGAGUCGGGUUACUCAUUUCAUAAAUCAUAAGUCACAACUAAUUUGAAAGUCGCACGCGUCGCUGUUUUAUUAUAAUAUAAUAUUAAAGAAUAAAAACAAUGGGAUUAAACAAAUACAGCGACUAUGGAAGCGGAUCUUCGUCGGAAACUUUCACACCGUGGGGCAGUCAGGACAUGUGGCCGGAGUUCAGGUCGAGUCUGGAGGGGGAGAAGCGCCCGAGCAGGAGACGCACCAGCAGCUACACUGACGAGCCUCGUUCGCUGGACGACAUCAUGCAAGAGUUCAGGAUGAACGGGUUCGACUCCCCGUACGAGCCGGAGCAGGCUGCCGACGCACACUCCGCUCUCAGCGCGUCGUGUCAGUACCUCCGCCAGCGCUCGUGGCCGGAAGCCGCGUGCGACACGAGAGAUCACCAAAAAGUGCAUCACCCGCCACGCCCCGAGGCGCCGAGCGCCCACCAGCUGCAGGUGUUGAGUUCUCUCCCCAACGCCGUGUUGUACUCCUUACUGAGGGAGUUGGAACAGACUCGUUUGGCUGAAAAAAAACAAGAGGAAAUGGAGUGUCGUUUCUGUAAGAACAACGGCGAGCGAGCGUCCUACUACCGCUCACACCGCCUAAGGUCCCGCGGCAGGGUCUCCUGUCCCGUACUGCGGGCCUACACCUGCAGGAGGUGCGGCGCCCGCGGAGACCACGCGCACACCAUCAAGUACUGUCCGCUAGCCACCAACGACGAGCGUUUAAAAUCAGCCGCCAUGAUGCGCAGCGUGCGCAUGGCGUCCGGUCGUCGGCGUGGGUUCGUGUCAGCGCCAUCUAGCGACGCGCGGACGGAGUACGUCGUGUUCGGAGAGACUACACCGAGCGCGCUCACAGAUGGCGCUGAUUACAAUAACUAUGAACUGGAUCCUCUCUGGGAGGCGCUGGAGAGAAAACUGAUGUUUUAAAUAUUAACUUACCUUAAAAAUUAUAAAUACUAUUGAGGAUGAUUGAAUCAUGUCGUCGCCCGGACGGCGGUAGAAAUUUUCUAUAUAUAUUUUUAUGUUGUUACGAUACUCGCAGUAUUUAUCGUUUAUUGAAUGUUUUGUUUCACAUAUUGACUUUUAUAUUAUGUGACUGACGUCAGUCCUCUCUAUCGGAUGUUUUUAUCGCAUUACAUAUAAUUCUUAUUUUCUUAUCCGACAUCUUUCAUAAAGA